CGAACAACUAACACUCAGCUGCAUUGAUGAGCGUGGCUGCCGUUCAAGUCGCGUUACUGGCCCCGACCGCGAUCAAACACGGAUGGGCUAUCAUGGUAUCUCUUCAUUGCCAGCCCAUUCUAUUGUCACGGUCGAAACUGUUCUAUGCGAUCGAUGUGGACAUCUGUUGAUAUGCCGAUUGGCCAUCAUCUCUACCGUGACGGUCAUGCACUCUUCAAGUCCGUUCGAAGAUCCUCAAAGACCGAAAUCGGCUUUAUCUCAACGCUAUCCACGCCCUCCGUCUAGUGCCCUCCGUCGACCACUAUCCAGCGCCUCGAACCGUCCGCCAUCUAGUCAUUCUGCUCGACCCUUCUCGCGCCUCUCUCAGCGUCCCAACUCGCGACAUGCUCGAUCCAAGCUCCUCCCCCUUUGCUCAACGCUUGUCACUCAAAUGACAGGGCUGACUGAGCAAUCUAGCGACGACGAUGUUUUCCAGAACGCGCUGGAGCACGCGGUGAAGAGUUUGGAGAGUACAACACUCAAUAAAGCGGCCGCCACCGUCGAUUUAGGCGUCAUCGACCGACAAGUUCACGGACGCGUGCAGAAGGCGAAAAUUCACUCACAGGACGCCCUUGCAGAGGCGUUGAAGACGUGCUAUAUGCGACUGAAGCAGCAGGCUGGGAAGGAUAAGGAUCUAGACGGGGAGAUUCAGAGGUCUCGUCUCCCGGACCAUCUUCAGUUUCUGAUAGCGCUCUCUGCUUCGGUCACCCCGACAACCUUGGCUUAUGCCGAACUUUAUCUCGAGGGGAUUCAAAAUCCACCCUCAGUCACGGCCCCAUUGACCUGGGCGGAUGUCUUCGGUGACGAGUCGGAAGACGACAUGGGCGCAAAGAGUGAUAGCAGCGGAGCCUCACUUUCCCCUGACGAUUAUCUGGAUGAAGAUGAGCACGAAGACGAAUCUCUUUCUUCCUGGAGUGACGAAGAGGAGCCCGAUCGUCCUGUCGACCAACCUGUCGCUGGACCCUCCCAUCGACUGGUUCACUCUCUAUCACAUCGUCAUGAGGUGGAGCAACUGCAAGCGAAACAGUACUGGAGAGACGAUUAUGUCCGGCCGAGCAAUCUGCGAGACAGAGCUCCCGAGUUCGAUAUCGCAGAUGCGGAGACGUUGGGCCCUGCUUUGAAAUCUGUUCUGGCGCAGGAGCUGGGUGCGACUGACAUCCAGCGGGAGACAUACAUUGACGAAAAAGACAUGGUACGAGAGCUCUUGAUAGCUUCUCAAGGUCGCAAGAAUAUGUUGCUGGAAUUCGUCAACGGGUCGUUCCAGAUCAACUCUGCGGCGCCUCGGCUAAGUCAUCUAUCGCUCACCUCACAAACUUCCUUGUUAUCCUAUAUCGCCAAAAUUGCUACAUUAGCUCACCAUCUACGCGAUUUUGUUGCUUUCGUCUUCUCAUCAUCGAGCUCAAUAGCAAAUCGCCGCGGCACCCAAAUGACACGAACUAUGGAAGCAUUCGCCGACGCUAUCGACACUGAAAUCCGCAGUCUGAACCAAUGGUGUGCCGCACGAGAAGAAGUCAUGGCUUGUGUGCCAGCCUCUGGGAAACUCGUCGUUAGCCUGCUCAGCACUCAAAAGGCGCUCCAAGAUGAAUUUGCCGACGGCGUCCAUGCACUGAUCGACAUUGUUGCUGUCGUGAGCAUUCGCGAGUACAGGGCAUAUGUGCUCAAAGAGCAGACGACCGCCAUUCUGUUAGAUGCGUUGCUGGAUAGGGUGCAGGUCUAUCGGGAUCGAGGGGAUAGUUUGACUGCGAACAUGCUUUUACGCGUGUUCGGUCGGUGUGCAGAGCCGAUCUGGGCAAUGACCGCUCGCUGGUUGCGAGUCGGCAUGAGCCUCGUUGGCAAGGAUGAACUCGAGGAGGAGUUCUUCAUCGAAGCGAGUGGGCUGGCUGUUAAUCUGCCUGGGAUAGGCGGUGGACUGCUCGAUCCGGAGUUCUGGGCGGAAGGAUAUCUGUUACGGAAUGAAACAACUAUCCCCUCUUUUCUUGCGCAUGCAGUCGCUCUGAUACUGGGCACAGGCAAAGCUGUGGGCUUACUGCGAGCGCUAGGUGUCUCUCCACCCGAAAUGGGACUGCGCCCCUUCAAGGAUCUCCUCGACCAGCAGCAUUCUGCGCAAGCGCUCUCCCGGUUAGUUCACGAAGAAUUGUCGCCUCAUUACAAGGUCGCCGGCAGUCUUCUUUGUCGGACGUUGGUGAACGAAUGCGAUCUCCACCUCCAUCUCUCUGCCGUGGAAGAUUUGUACUUGAUGCGAAGGGGUGACGCGAUGAGUCACUUUACAGAUGUCGUGUUUGCCAAGAUGGACAGUAGCCAAGCGUGGGGCGACUUCCAUUUCCUCAACACCGCCUUUCGCGAUGUCGCUGAAGUAGGAACAGAGUGGAUCCAACCCUCUCUUGUACGCCUUUCCUACCGUGGCACCAGUGGCAAUCGUUCGAUUAAAGCAUUGAACAACCUUCUCGUCGAAUACGCCGUAUCGUUUCCCGUUGCAUACAUCUUCUCUCCGGCGAUUCUGCAAAUCUACGGCGAUGUGUUUACUUUACUGCUCCAGAUCCGGAGAGCGAAGAGUCUCUUGGAUCGAAUUUUGGUGCGUAGAGGUGUCGUGGACGAGAUGAAGGCCUUCUAUGCAGUGCGGAGCAGGUUGAGCUGGUUUAUCAACACUUUACUUGAUUUCUUCACGACCCACGUUAUUCACGUUCAGCUGGUCAAGUUCCAUGAAACCUUCAAGAAGACUAGGUCCCUGGACGAGAUGAUCGAACUGCAUAACCAGCACAUCGAGAACGUUCAUAGCCGUUGCCUGCUGCAACCCAAGACUUCUGCUCUCCACCGUGCCAUUCUAUCGUCACUUGAAUUGGCGGUUCAGUUCUGUGACACUUUCGUCAGCCUCUCUGGAAAUAACACCCUCGAUGUCUCGCGCCAAUCCAUCUUGUCGACGCGUCAUCGGAGUCGGCGGCAGAAUGCCAAACGACGGAACGUUGUCGGAUUUGCCUCCUCAGGGAUUCGAGACGAAGACAGCUCUGAGGAAGAUGACGGAGAUGAAUUGGACCCGGAGGCACAUGCGGAUGAUGUUUCGGAAACUGAAUCUUUGGCCGAAGAGACCCCCAUCGACAAACUGGCGUCGCAGCUGGACGGCUUGGUCAGAUUUGUCAGACGAGGAGUAGAGGGACUCUCCGGUAGCACUGAUGAUGAUGCCAGCACAUUCAGUGUUCUCUCGUUUGCUUUGGAAGAUUGGGACUUAUGAUACGGUACUCCAGAAUCGAGAUGUCUACUCGUUUCGUGUACGGGACUCGGGGGGCUCUCACAACGAUGUUCAAUUUCCCCACAUUCCCUGAUAUUCACAAUACUUGGGGGCCGCACUGGAGUGUAUGCACCUGACUCUCUAUGUGUCUCACGCUCUGCUCUUGCUCGUCCACCAUAUCGAGUAGUGCUUUUGCUGCGCCGACGCAGUCACGACUGCAACAUCGUCAGUGUCAACAAUCCCCUUGCAUGUCUACAGAGUGGUACGUGGCAUACGUGCUUUUUCACGCUCAGGAGCUCCAGUUUUCCGCCGUGACAAUAAGUCUUAACGCUGGGUUUUGUGUAAGAACUGAAGAGUCCAUCGAGUCGCAGGGCGAGAGGAGCACUUGAGCACUGGCAAUCCGUGGACCGCCAUACGUUCUCCAUCUCUCUUUCGCUUCACGGCUGUUCUCACAUUCGCUUGACCAGUUUCGCCGAGUCCUUCCGUCUCUGCGGUAUACAGACCUGUUAUGACCCGCAUUAUCGGCAUGCAGUUCCUGGAAGCGAAGCGAUAUAAGCUCUUCUCUCUUAUCCCUUCUCUUACUCAUCUUGUUUUAGGACGCAGAAUGAAUAUAUGAAAAUAUAAGAACAACAACAGUGUCCCUCAAGUACCCUCAUCGGCCACUGCAGACGCAGCAGCUAGUAUUACAUCGCCAGAUUGCCGAAAAUGGCCCGUGGCUUGGAUCCCGUAUGUGGACGAGUGACCGCGUAUGGCACCCUCGGCUGUUUUGUGGCAUGAAUGCAGCCAGAUUCAUUCUCCUU